AUGGCCGACUACGCCAAGAAGAAGAACGACGAGCUGGCAGCGCUCUGCAAAGAGCGCGGUCUUGCGCACACGGGCAAGAAGGCCGACCUGGUUAAACGCCUGGAAGACUACGAUGCGAAACAGGCUGCGACUGCGACUGCGACCCCGACUGCGCCAGCUGCUGCCGCCAAGCCCGCUGCAAACGAGGACGAGAUCGACUGGGACGACGAGCCUGCAACAGAGUCGUCCGCGAAGGCGGCAACGACUGAACCUGCUGCCAAUGCCAUUGCCGCCGGCGGUCAAGGCCAAAUCAGCAAUCCUCAGGCAGUGCCGAAUCAAGAAGCUUCAAUCGAUCCGGCGCAGACGCAUGACUUGAAAGUGGCAGCAGCGCCCGCUGAUGCAUCAACCACACAGACAAAGAAGGAGGACAAUUCCAAGUACUCUGCCAACUUGGCAGAGCGGACGCUGCAAGAGGAGAUCGAGAAGCGUAAAGCACGCGCACGGCGGUUCGGUAUGCCUGAGGACAGUGAUGAGAUCAAGGCGUUGGAGCGCAAGCUGCGCUUCGGUGACACUGACCUUCCUGGCGAUCUGAAUCGAGCCCUCCAGGAGAAGAAGCGCGAUAAGCGAGGCAGGGCCGCCGCAGUAGAGGCAGAUGAUGGCGGUAUUCGGAAGCGAAGCCGCGGCAGGCCUGGACCGACAAAGAAGGGCAGCGUCGAGAAACCGAAGUCGGAGAAGAAAGCGAACGGAGGCUUUCCAGACUGGAUGAGCGAAGCAGACCGUCAGAAGGCCGAGGCGAGGAAAGCCAAAUUUGCUGCUGCUUGAAAGGACCAAACGUGCGAGCCGCCUUCGAGUAAUGGACAAGAAUGAUUGAUCAGAAUGCAACUCACGAAGCUUUGACCACUGUCUACGCAGCUGUGCUGCUCUAGGCCCGUCUAUUCACAAUCUAACACGCUACCAUGCGUCUAUUUCCACCGC